AUGAAAGCUCAAGCUCUAGCGGAUCACCUAGCUGAAAAUCCUGUUGAUGAUGAUUAUCAGCCUUUAAGUACUUACUUUCUAUACGAGGAAGUAAAUGCAGUUAAGGGAGAAUGGGAAAUUCGGGAUGUCAAACUUAUACCAUACAGGCAACAUGUGGAACAUCUUAGCAAAUGGUUCAAGUCUGUCGAGUUCAGGUAUGUUCCUCGGUUUCACAAUGAGUUAGCUGAUGCACUCGCUACCUUGGCCUCGAUAUUGCCAUAUCCAGGCAAUGUCUACAUUGACCCGUUGGAAAUCCAAAUCCGAGAAAGGCAUGGUUAUUGUAAUACGGUUAAGGUGGAGUCAAAUGUUCAGCCUUGGCUCGUCGGUGGUUUCUUCUUGAGAGGAGAAGUGUUGUACAAAAGGACUCCAGAUUUGAACCUUUUGAGAUGUGUGGAUGCUCAAGAGGCCGGAAGAAUCAUGAAUGAAGUACACACAGGAGUAUGUGGACCUCAUAUGAAUGGAUACGUCCCUGCAAAGAAAAUCCUUCGAGCAGGGUAUUACUAG